AUUUUGAAUACAUUUAUGACAAUGCCAUCUCUCCUUCCUCUUCUUCAUACACACUUCACACCACAAAUAUUUUCCUCAUUCUUCCCCUCUUUUCCUCUCCCCCCAAAAAAUAUUCCCUUCAUCUAAUAGCCAUGUUUAAUCCAAGAAACCAAAAACCCAAUGAUCAUAUCCCAAUUCUUGAUCCUGUUACAACCUCAGAUUACAGUUACAACCUUAGGAAUUGGCCUAAAAAUGAAGUUGAAAGUGUCCAAUUUAGAGUUCAAGAAAGUUUAAACCAUGUUAAUUACGGUGAUGAAUCUGGUGUUUCUUCACCACCCUUAUGGAAAAAUAGCCAUCAAAUUUCGACAAAUUAUCGGUCACAUUCAAAUAGCUCUAGAGCUUUAGCUAUAGCUAGAGGCCAAUUUGAACUUAUGGAAAUGGUCAAAAACAUGCCUGAAUCUUGCUAUGAGUUGUCUCUUAAGGAUCUUGUUGAGCAAAAUACAGUCUUGGAAUCUGAACAAGAAGAAUGCUUAAUCAGUAAGGAGGAGGGAAAUUUUACUAGUACAACUAGUCCAGAACAACAAGUUGUGCAGCAAAGGGUGAAGAGCAUACAAAGGCAAGAGAGUAGUAGUAAUAGUAGUAGUAAAAAUAAGAGUAAUAGCAGUAAGAAUGAUCACCAAAAGAAAGGGAAGAUGAUUAGAAAUGAAAGCUUUGAAAAUCAAAGGCUUUUUCUCAAGAUGUUUUUCCCAAUUUCAUUGGAGUCAAAGAAGAAGCAGAACAAGUAUUCACCAAAAACAACUACUAAAGUUUCACCUAAGCCAGCAGAAGGUUCAGAUAAAUCUUCAAAAAGUGUGGAGAAAGAUUGGUGGAAGAGGAGAUUUUCCUGUUCAAGUGAGAGUGAUAGUAGCAGAACAGGCAGCAGUAACAGUGAAAGCAGUGGCAGCAAUGGUAGCAACAACAUUAGUAGCAGAAGAAAUACUAACAGGAAAAAGAAAGGAUUUUUAUCCAGUUGCUGGUCAAGGUUAUGAUUUAGCAAAAGCAAAUCAGCAGAAUGAAGAACCAAAUAUGCCUCUCUUCUUUGGUUAAUGAGGCCUGUAAAUCAUUUAUACUUACAGACUUACAGAUAAAAAUCCUGUAAAGAUUUUUGAUAAUAAUGCUUAUUUUACUGCAUAAGAGUUUUGCAAUGUAUCAUUAUAUAUUAUUCUUGGUUCGCGGCUGCUACAAGAAUAGGAUAUUCCAAAAUAUUACUUCUGAAAGAA